AUAAGCUUCAAGAAUCCGGGUUGGUAAAAAUGGGCGAAAUGGUCAUCUUUAACAUUAUAUGGUCCUCUGCGGUGGUGUCUUAUAACAUUAUCCCACCAACAGCAAGAAGAACAACCUAAGGCAAACGAACAUAGACACCCCAAACUUUGCUUGCUAGAGAGACAAUGAUUCGACGUUCUAUUAUAUCCUACUUUAGUAAAAAGGCUCACCAAGCACUCUUUCACUCUCUCUCAAGUGAUUCUUCUUCUUCUUCUUCUUCUUUGAUCCCUUCUUCUCCAGUGUCUCCCCAAGAUUCUAUUACCCUCAACAGGGUCAACCACAAGGACUGGUUGGCCCCAAAUGAGGUUUUGAAAAUUAUCAAUGCCCUCAAAGACCCCAACUCUGUGAUGACACUCCUGGACCGCUACGCAAAGCGUAAGGACUAUAAACCCAAUGAAGCACUUUACACUUUGGUCAUCAACAAGUUUGCUCAGGUCAAUAUGUUUGAUGCCAUUGAAGAUGUCAUGCAAAGAAUCAAAUCCCAAAAGCACUAUUGCCGGUUGUCCGACGAAUUCUUCUACAAUGUCAUCAAGAUUUACGGCAAUGUGGCCGGUCGUAUAAGCAAAGCGACCGAUACCCUUUUCGAUAUGCCAAAGUAUAAUUGUUGGCCUACGGUGAAAACCUUUAACUUUGUGCUGAACUUGCUUGUUUCAGCAAAACUGUUUGAUGUUGUACAUGAGGUAUACAUGGGUGCUCCUAAGUUGGGUAUUGAGGUUGAUCCUUGUUGUCUUAAUAUACUUAUCAAGGGGUUGUGUGAAUGUGGCAAAUUGGAGGCUGCAUUUCAGGUCCUUGAUGAAUUUCCUAAGCAAAGGUGUAAACCAAAUGUGAGAACAUUCUCGACGCUAAUGCAUUCUUUGUGCGGGUGUGGGAAGGUAGAGGAAGCAUUUGAGUUAUUUGAGAGGAUGGAAAAGGAGGGGAUUUGUCCGGACACGAUCACAUUCAAUAUUUUGAUUUCAGGGCUCAGGAAAGAAGGGAGAGUUGAAGAGGGGAAGCAGCUACUGGAGAGAAUGAAGCACAAAGGGUGUUAUCCGAAUUCAGGAUCUUAUCAGGAGGUUUUGUACGGUUUACUUGAUAGCCAGAAGUUUGUUGAGGCAAAGGAGUUUACAGGUGGGAUGAUCUUGGAGGGUUUAAGUCCAAGUUUUGUGUCUUACAAGUUACUGGUUCGUGGGCUAUGCAAGAAAAAUCUCUUGGGUGAUGUGGAUUGGGUUCUAAAGCAGAUGGUGCGUCAAGGUUUUGUCCCAAAGAGGGGGAUGUGGAAGCGGAUUCUCCGAAGCAUGUUUCCAGGAAAAAGCAGAUGUAGCAGCAACAUUUCUUAUGAAGAGAUUGUAGAGAAUUAGCUAACUUGAAAAAGAUGAGCAGUAUAGUGGCCAAAGCAAGAGGAGCUUACUAGGAUUUUGCACACAGCAUAUGGUCAUUUUAGGUGGUAUGGACGUGUCUUGUGUUUGAUAUGAGCUGGUAGUAUGAAUUGUUGUGUAAAAGCAAAGCAGUUCAUCCAGAAAAGACUUCAAUAAACCAUAAUGAACAUAGACUACAUGCUGCUUUUGGAAGUCUCUUGUAGAAUCCCUCAGACGAGGUUACUUACUUUCUUAGACACCUUGGAAAGAAAAACAGAAAUGCUUCUAAGUGCAUCUUCUAUUUUUCUAUCAGCUCUGAAAUACUCACACUUUUGUUUCUCACCUGGUGGACUUAAUAUAGAAUGAAAACAAUUUCAGUUGAUUGUCUGUAAUGCCAGUUUCUAUUCAAAGAAGAAAGAACGAGCCAAUGGAGACUUUUGCUGUUUUGCAACUUCAAUUUUACAACCUUUUUCAUUUCCUUUCUUUUAUUUUCCUCAUUGUUGGGCUGGUCAUAUAGCUUCGAAGACCAGGAUGAGGUGCUCUGAACCUGUUGGACUAAUUAUGUAGGCUUCAGAAGUCAGAACUGCCAGCAGAGAAUUUGGAGUUUGAAGGCCCUGCCCCCAAUGCCUGCUACAAUGUCAUCCUUGGACUUAUAAUUGCAAUGUGCUACCAUGUGUUAAUAUAUAUAUAUGCUUUUCUCUCA